AGUAUAACUCCAUAUUCGGGGCGGAUCACACCCAGUCUUUGAAUACUUUCCUCAUUCAUUCUGUCCACGGACACGGAGCGCAAGUAAUCUCAUCAAACAAACAUUUCAGUGUCAAGAUGAGUUACCCAGGAUACCCCCCUGCAGGUGGAAGCUACCCACCCGGAUCAGAAGCGCCCGGGGGUACAUACCCGCCCCAGCCUGGUGCUUAUCCGCCCCAGGGAGGGUAUUAUCCACCUCAAUCAGGGGCGUAUCCCCCCGGAGCAGGUUACCCACCCCAGCCAGGGGGAUAUCCUCCUCAGGCUGGCGGUUACCCGGCUGCCCCCGGAGGAGGGUUCCCACCGCAGGCAGGGGGCUACCCUGCCACCCAGCCCGGAGGGUACCCGACCAUGCCCGCUGCUGGUGGGUGGGACGCCCAGCCUGGCUUUGGAGCUCCUGGAGGUGGGAUGCCUCAGGGGUACCCUGGAGGUCCGGCCCCAGGACAACAGCCCAUGCCAGGAUACCCAGGUGCUCCGGCUCCAAACCCAUCAAUGCCCGGGUACGGUGGACCAACACCACCUACUGGUCCUGCAGUUAAUAAGGGUUAUCGUGGUUCCCUUAAGGACUUUCCUGGUGCUGAUCCACUCAGAGAUGUUGAAGUCUUGAGGAAAUCCAUGAAGGGCUUCGGAACUGACGAAAACACCAUUGUCGAGCUGCUCGGCAGUCGCACCAACAAGCAGCGUGUGCCGAUGGUCGCGGCGUACAAAACCACAUAUGGCAAAGAUCUGAAGUCAGAGCUGAAGUCAGAGCUGACCGGGAACUUUGAAAGUUUGGUUCUGGGCAUGAUGGAGAGUCCCGCACAGUUUGAUGCCUCCGAACUGAAGGAGGCCAUAUCAGGUGCAGGAACAGACGAGGCCUGUCUCAUAGAGAUUCUGGUGUCCCGUAGUAAUGCUGAAAUUCAGGAGAUCAAUAAAGUGUACAAGGCAGAGUACAAGAAAUCUCUGGAGGACUCUAUCAGCAGUGACACUUCGGGACAUUUCCGUCGUCUGCUCAUCUCCCUGUCUCAGGGUAAUCGAGAUGAGCGAGAGACUGUGGAUAUUUCUCUGGCCAAACAAGACGCCCAGAAACUGUACGCCGCAGGAGAGAAUAAAGUUGGCACGGAUGAGUCCCAGUUUAAUGCUGUUCUAUGCGCUCGCAGUAAACCUCAUCUCAGACAAGUCUUCCAUGAGUACCAGCAGAUGUCUGGCCGGGACAUUGACAAGAGCAUCUGUAGAGAGAUGUCUGGAGACGUGGAGUCUGGCAUGGUGGCAGUGGUGAAGUGUAUCAAAAACACUCCUGCCUACUUUGCCGAACGGCUUCAGAAUGCCAUGCAGGGUGCAGGCACUAAAGACCGGACUCUCAUCCGCAUCAUGGUGUCUCGUUCUGAGGUGGACAUGCUGGAUAUUAGACAGGAAUAUCUGCGGCUGUACGGAAAAUCUCUGUACACCGCCAUCUCUAGUGACACGUCUGGUGAUUAUAAGAAGCUACUCCUGAAGUUGUGCGGCGGAAGUGACUGAAGAAACAGGAAGUUGGAUGCGUAACCAUGACGAUGGAAAAUGUGGCGUCGUCGUGUAAAUCGGCGCACAUACAGAUCUGUGCGAACGUUUUAGGCUGUUAAAAUGUUUCACAAAUGCAUUCUUCAGAUGUGAUUUAUAUCUUCAACUUUAGUGUGUCAUUAGGAAAUAUUGAUUUAGCUUGUUUAUGUUUACUGGACUUUGUAUGACAUUAAGUGAUAAAUUAAAACUAUUAAUGUCAUUAUUUUUGAAGACAUUCUCACUAUGCAACAUUUUUCACAAGUGCCUAAAACUUCUGCCCAGUUCUGCGUAUCAAUAAUCAAAUCAUCUCUCUGAAGUGUCAUUUGAACUAACUGUGAUCUCAAAUGAUCAUUUCAUUUGUGCCUUACUGACUUUAUGAUUAUUUAGUUGUUAAUUUGGUGUUUAAUGAGACUAUGCAUGAUGUCUAGAUAAUAUAUACUUUAGUAUAAAUAUAAAUGCACAUUUUCUUCAUUAGCUGAUGACAAAUAUUCCAUCAGAAUUAUGUUAAAGUUGAAUAAUAAACAUUUAAUGAUCAAAACUCUCAUCAUCUAAUCAUCCAAAAAGUGCUGAAAUGAGUGUCGUAAUAUAUGUUUUUAUAGUUAAGAGUUUUGUAAAGAAUACUGAAUUAUAUCUUCAUUAGGUGGAAUCAACCCAAAAAACUCAUAUUAUUUAAGUCAUAUUUCAUCCACAAACAAAUGAAGUUUAUUUUAGGCGCAUGAAGACUUUGUAGCAUAAAGUUUAUGACACAUAUUUCCUCCCAAAAUUCUCAUAACUGCAAUAGUGUCUCAUUCUACGUUACAAUGUUUCAUAUUUCAUUAUAUUUAUUGUAACACUGUAGAACCAAGUGUGCCGCACAAGCCCUCAAAAGUGAAGCCAAAACGUCUCGAUCGCCCCCCGGUGGCUGGUCCUAGUAUAGGUCAUAAACCCCGCCUCCCCAUGUUAUUCAACUGGACGUGAGACCAACUAAACAAUUAAAUUACACUUCACAUAUCUUUUUUCAAAGA